AUACAAAGGUUUAACCCUAAAUUUUCUUUUUCUACUCGUCUUUUCAUUUUCACUAAUUCUACUGGCUUCCGCUAUCUCCAUCUUCUUUAGAAAACCGCCCAAUCCACAUCUCAGGGGUUCAAUCAAUGCCCUAUCCCUGCACAGAUUAAUAUACGACCACAGUUUUUGUGAAAUGGCGAAUAAAGAGAUGGAUGGUGCACAGAGUUAUUCUAGAAGAAACAAGUUGUUGGAAAUUGAAAGAAACGUUCAUUCUUGGUGGGAUCAGGGUGAUGUUUUUAAGGCAGAAUCUUGUGAAAUGCCUCCAAAACUAGGUGAAAAAUUCUUUGGAAAUUUCCCUUAUCCCUACAUGAAUGGAUUACUUCAUCUGGGUCACGCAUUUUCAUUGUCGAAGCUCGAAUUUGCUGCUGCUUAUCACCGACUGAAAGGUGCCAAUGUACUUUUGCCUUUUGGUUUCCACUGUACUGGAAUGCCCAUUAAGGCCUCUGCUGAUAAACUGGCCCGGGAGAUUGAAAGAUUUGGAAAUCCACUUGUAUUUCCGUCGAAAGAGGAUUGAAUUGUUAACGAAGUACAAGAACCAGAAGUUGACACAAGUGGAAAAACUGAACCAGAUAAAUUCAAAAGCAAAAAUUCCAAGGCUGCUUCGAAAUCGGGUGGUGAAAAGUACCAAUGGGAGAUUAUGAAAGAAUAUGGACUCUCAGAUGCUGAAAUUUAUAAGUUCCAAGAUCCAUCUCACUGGCUCAUCUAUUUCCCUCCUAUUGCUAGAGAAGACCUCAAGGCAUUUGGCUUGGGUUGUGAUUGGCGGAGAUCCUUCAUCACAACAGAUAUGAAUCCUUAUUAUGAUUUGUUUGUCAGGUGGCAGAUCAGGAAAUUGAAGGAGAUGGGGAAGAUUGUGAAGGAUUUGAGGUAUGCCAUUUACUCUCCGUUAGAUGGAGAGCCAUGUGCAGAUCAUGAUAGGGCAUCAGGUGAAGGAGUGCUGCCGCAAGAUUAUACCCUGAUUAAAAUGGAGGUGAGAAAACCAUUCCCUGCUAAAAUGGGAGCUUUGGAAGGAAGAAGAGUGUUUUUAGCCGCUGCCACAUUGAGACCUGAGACCAUGUAUGGGCAAACAAAUGCCUGGGUGUUGGCCGAAGGUAAAUAUGGAGCUUAUGAAAUCAACGAGACUGAUGUAUUUAUCGUCACUGAGAGGGCUUCCCUUAACCUUGCGUAUCAGAACCUUUCUAGGGUUCCAGAGAAUCCGACUUGCUUGGUUGAGCUGAUUGGUCAAGAUUUGAUUGGUUUGCCUGUACAGUCCCCUCUAUCUUUUAAUAAGAUCAUAUACACACUUCCAAUGAUGAAUGUCCUAACUGAUAAGGGUACUGGGAUCGUCACCAGUGUCCCAAGUGAUUCUCCUGAUGAUUUUAUGACUAUGAAUGAUUUGGAAACAAAAAAAGCUCUGAGAGAAAAAUUUGGUGUGAAGGCCGAGUGGGUAUUUCCUUUUGAGGUUGUACCCAUAAUUAACAUCCCCGAGUUUCGGGACAAAUCAGCUGAAAAGGUAUGCAUGAAUUUGAAGAUCAAGAGCCAGAAUGAGAAAGAGAAGCUUGCCGAAGCAAAGAGGUUGACUUAUUUAAAAGGGUUCACCGAAGGAUCAAUGCUUGUUGGAGAAUUUACAGGUAUGAGAGUCCAGGAUGCAAAGCCAUUGAUUAGGAGCAAGCUUCUAGAAAAUGGGCAGGCGGUUAGUUACAGCGAACCAGAAAAGAAAGUUAUGUCCAGAUCAGGUGAUGAGUGUGUUGUGGCCCUUACAGAUCAAUGGUACAUCACAUAUGGGGAAGAAGAAUGGAGGAAAAUGGCUGAGGAAUGUUUGUCCGAGAUGAAACUCUACCAUGACGAGACACGCAAUGGGUUUGACCACACCUUGAGUUGGUUGAAUAAGUGGGGUUGCUCACGCUCAUUUUGCUUGGGGACUCGUAUUCCUUUUGACGAGCAGUUCCUCGUGGAGUCCUUGUCCGAUUCCACACUUUACAUGGCAUAUUACACCAUUGCGCAUAUGUUACAAAAUGGGGAAUUGUAUGGAAGAGAUACAUCUUUAGUGAAACCGGAGAAGAUGACAGACGAGGUUUGGAAUUACGUUUUCUGUGAUGGUCCAUAUCCUAAAUCAUCUACCAUCUCUCAGUCAGUUCUCAACAAGAUGAAGCAGGAGUUUUCUUACUGGUACCCAUUUGAUCUUAGAGUUUCCGGGAAGGAUUUGAUACAGAACCAUCUGACUUUUACUAUCUACAACCACACAGCGCUUUUACCCCAACAUCACUGGCCUCGUGGUUUUCGAUGCAACAGCCAUAUUAUGCUCAACUCUGAGAAGAUGUCCAAGUCAACUGGAAAUUUCAAGACUCUUCGCCAGUCAAUCGAGGAGUUUUCUGCGGAUGCUACGAGGUUUGCUCUAGCUGAUGCUGGUGAUGGUAUAGAUGAUGCAAAUUUCGUCUUUGACACCUCGACAUCUGCGAUUAUGCGUCUCACAAAAGAAAUAUCAUGGAUGGAGGAAAUUUUGGAAUCCGAGUCUUCACUCAGAUCAGGUCCUUCUACUUAUGCAGAUAAGGUAUUCUUGAAUGAGAUAAAUAUUGCUGUCGCUGAGACUGAGAAGAACUUCGAUGAAUAUAUGUUCAGGGACGCCCUGAAGACAGGGUUUUACGACCUACAAGCUGCUAGGGAUGAGUAUAGAUUUUCGUGUGGAUUCGGUGGGAUGAACCGUGACCUAUUAUGGCGAUUUAUGGAUGUUCAAACACGGUUAAUUACUCCAAUUUGUCCCCACUAUGCUGAAUAUGUAUGGAGAAAGCUCUUGAAGAAGGAUACCUUUGUUAUAAAAGCAGGUUGGCCCGAGGCUGGCAUACCUGAUCUUACUCUGAGGAGAGCCAACAUGUAUUUGCAAGACACAAUAGCCGCUAUGAGAAAGUUGCUCGAGAAACAGAUAUCAGGGUCGAAAAAACCUAAUAAGAAGGCGUCACCAGUAACCCUUCCAAGUACAGAGAACAAACCCACAAAGGUUCUGAUCUAUGUCAACGAGCAUUAUGAUGGAUGGAAAGCUGAAUGCUUAAAUAUUCUCCGAGCCAAUUUUAACACUGAAUCAUGCCAAUUCAAACCUGAUUCAGAGAUUCAGUUAGCUUUGAAGCAGAGUGAUGUUGGACAGCAAGCAAAUUUUAAGCAAGUACAAAAGCUUUGCAUGCCAUUCUUAAAGUUCAAGAAGGAUGAGGCACUUUCAGUUGGGAUUCAGGCCUUGGAUUUGAAGCUACCAUUUGGCGAGAUGGAGGUUCUGCGGGAGAAUUUGGAGCUAAUCAGAAGACACUUGGGUCUUGAGCAAGUACAAGUGUUGGAUGCAUUGAAUGCUGAUGAUAUUAUUAAAGCUGGACAGCAUGCCAUCUUGUUACAGCAAACUCCUCUUUCACCGGGGAGUCCAACUUCCAUCUUUUUGAGCUAGUAAGAAGAACUGUGUCCGUGUAUUGUCCUCUUUUUUUUUGUCAGUUUGUUCUUUUCAUUUUUUGUGACGGUUAAUUCCUAUCUACUUCUUACUUUGUCAUACUUCCUCGCGAACUAUAAAAACAUCAUCCAGGUUAGUUCAUAACUUAUUUUCUCCUGCAUCCAGUUUCGAUUUUAUUAUUGUUUAUAAUUUUAUUUAUUUAUGAAGGAAAAGAAAAACAAAAGAAGCUGUGUUGGCCCUUUUGGGGUCAUUCUGCUGAUGGGUAGUUGCUUAAGUUGAUCCAGGUCAUUUUGAAUGAAUAUAUUCAGAUGGUGUAUGGUCUGACUUAGAUUUUCUGAAUCUGGUGGUCUAUCAGCCAUGAGUGAAAAUCUUACGUCUGUUAAUGUAUGUGAUUGUUUGAAUGUUCCAGUCUAGGAUGGGAUUGCUGCUUGUCUGGGUUAACUCACAGCUGCUAUACAACAGAAAAAUGGCGCAAACCAACAGAAUCAGCAAAAUGGGUAGAAAAUACGAAUUCUGUGCACUCCAAGCUCAGAGUUGUGCAAGCCAUGAAUCAUCUGCAAUAAUGCCAAAAGCUAAGCAGAAGCUAAAAGCGAAGCAGCUAGCUUCCCAACUAUUUGUGGGCAGUUAUGAUGACGCAUUUGAAGAAGACGAUAGAUAAAGAUUAAAGCGAUACGAAGUGGAACUAGAAGUUGGCGACGUUUAUGGAACUAGAAGUUGGCCACGUUUAUCAAAGCAUGAUUGGAUUGAGAGAGCGCGAAAGAUUUGGGAUCUUGAUGAUGAUGAUGCAAUUAGGUCCAAGGUACAAUCCGAAGAAGUGCGUUUAUCAGUUCAUAUCUAUGGUUCCAUUGGUGAAGGAUACGGCGUUAUCUUACGUGAUUCCCAAAAGAAUCCGAUAGUUGCUAGCUGUCGAUCUAUCUCUCAUGAAGACAGUGUUUCUGAAUUUUACACCUGGUUAAAUGGGGUGGCACUCGGUGCCAAAAUUGCUGCUAAGUAUUGUUUGUCACGAUUUUUCUUAAACGCUCCUACGCUCCACAUGUACACUUUUAUCUCAUGUAUCUGGAAUCCUUACUAUAGAGGUUCAGUAUCUUUGAGAAAAAGCGACGUGGAGUCGUUAUGUUUUCCUGGAGAUGGUGAUAUUGAGAAGAUAUAUCGUCUCACUUUAGAUAU